GGUUAUUGAUGGAGAAUUCGGGUAAAAAUUGGCAGAAGCCCUAUGGAUUCCUAUGGAUAAUUUUGGGAGAAAUUAGGCAGCUCAUUGAUAUUCUAUUUUGUGGUUAUCGACGACGAUUGGAGAUUACCGAUCCGCGAAAAAUGCGAGCCGAAACCAAUACUCGCCCGGGCACAGGUACCCCAGCGAAAAAAAGGAUUGCGCUCUCUUUGUCUUACAAACAGUAAUGUCAUUUUAAAAAUAGAUCAAAUUGUUCUUCCUUAAGUUAAAGUGACGAUCGUAAACAACUCUUUUUUGUUUAAAUAUAAAGGGUGGUCCUCACACUUCAUUUUGUCCAUAUACUUCUCAAAUAACAAUAAAUAAGUAAAAGAAGCUUUAAAUUCAUACUGAACUCUAAUCAACGGUGAAUUUUUUACAUUUUGAUAAACUCACUGUCGACUGAUUGAAGAUUCCAUGCACGACUUGUCUUUAUUCUUGUUUUAUACUUUCAGGGAGAUGUUUUGGUCUGACUGGGGCGAUAUUGCCAAGAUAGAAAUGUCUGAUAUGGAUGGUAAAAACAGAAGUGUCUUAAUAAACUCUGGCAUUAAAUGGCCAAAUGGUCUCGCGAUCGAUAUUUAUAAACCAACACUCCGAAUGCUCUACUACACAGAUGCAUUCCACGAUAUCAUUGGCUCGUACAACAUGCAAACUCGUACUCAGAAGGUAAAUGUUCAAACACAGAAUGUUUUGGCAGACACCAUGCUGGGCAAGGCGAUUCCUCUUCCAGUACAUACUAUUCUACAAUGUACAUUCGUGGUUUUGGUCGGAAUUGCCUGAGACCGACAAUGACUUGCGAGACCUUCGCCCGAAACGUUGACGUAAUUCAUGUAGUUCCAACUAAAACCACGACAUUUUAUUUCAACGUUACUUUCAAGAGCUCUGUGGUACGUUACCGCGGGUCAUAUCGCACCUGAACGAAAUUAUACGUAGCAACUAAAAUACCACUCUUUUUACCUCCAGGUUGUCGCUAGUAGGUCGGAUCAUAGUAAUCCUCAAUGGCAAACUAUCCUGCUACAUCCAUAUUCCAUUGCUGUGGAUGAUAGAAAUAUAUAUUGGGAUGACUGGCAAUCUGGACAUGUUUAUAAGAUACACAAGUCUUUGCAAGGCAAACCAGAAACACUGAUUGAAAAACCUGUUGGCUCGAUUGCGAAGAGCAGAUAUGAAAUCAAAGUGUACUAUAGCCGAAGCCAAAUUGGUAAGUUAAUUGUGUGCAUGCAAAAGGUUCCUUUCUAGUCGCGCACUUCUAUUGCACAUGUUUACGCACGAAAAAGGUAAUGCCAUUUAUCAAGAAAUGGUUACCAGGGUUUAAAAUAGCUGCCAGCUGUUACCAGCAUUUUCACAGCACUAGCCGACAACUUCUAAGUUAGCAACAAUGAGGGUUUUUUUCUUAAUUCAUGGAUUUAUACAAUUAAUUUAGAGGUUUUAAAUUAAAAAGAUGCUGUCUUGAGAUAAAAAUAUCGCGUUAAGCAUUCUGGUAGCCACGAAUUUCUGGUAGCCAUGAAUUUCUGGUAGCCGGCCAUCAAUUUCUGGUAGCCAUGAAUUUCUGGUAGCCAUGAAUUUCUGGUAGCCAUGAAUUUCUGGUAGCCAUGGAUUUCUGGUGCCAUGAAUUUCUGGUAGCCAUGAAUUUCUGGUGGCCAUGAAUCUCUGGUGGCCAUGAAUUUCUGGUAGCCAUGAAUUUCUGGUGGCCAUGAAUUUCUGGUGGCCAUGAAUUUCUGGUAGCCAUGGAUUUCUGGUGGCCAUGAAUUUCUGGUGGCCAUGAAUUUCUGGUAGCCAUGAAUUUCUGGUAGCCAUGAAUUUCUGGUAGCCAUGAAUUUCUGGUGGCCAUGAAUUUCUGGUGGCCAUGAAUUUCUGGUAGCCAUGGAUUUCUUGAACAAGGCGGGAAUCGUAACUGAAUGAUGAAUAUUAUUCAUUCAUUAUAUUUCAAUUUCAUUCAUAUUUCAUUCAUUAUAUUUCAUUCAUUAUAUUUCAUAUUUCAUUCAUUACUCGCUGGGGCACCUGUGCCCCAGACGAGUAUAGGUUUCGGCUCUGUUCUUGGAUCGGCAAUCUCCAAUCGUCGACAGCCACAAAAUAGAAUAUUAAUGAGCUGCUUGAUCCUUUUCAAAAUGGCGGGGCCUUUCGUGUUUCGUGGAGUGGGGCCUCAGCGGGCAAAAUGUUUCAAACAAUUUCGUGAAAAUGUUGAACCAAUUGUACCUGUUUCCUAUGCAUUUUGCAUUGUGUCUAACUCUGGACAUUCUUGCUAGUUUAUUUAAUGCGUAUUUCUUGGUGAACGACUCUGAAAAUUCGAAUUCCCGUGCACGACCAGGGAAUCUGAAUACUGAAUCUGAAUAUAAACGAGCCAAAGACAAUUUCAAGGUAAAUGGUUAUAACUUAAACUGCACAACGUAGUUUUAACAAAUAACUACUUUAUGAGAAGCAUAUUGGUGUCAUAUCAAUAUAAAAAUUAUCGAACAACAGUCCGUGAAAACUGUAGUGUUCAAGUGUACUCAGUGUGAAAUAUGAUAUUGUUUUUGUAAUGCCUGUUAAUGGCGCAAUAAGGAUAAAAAAUACCACCGUUCGAUUCAGCGUAAGAAAUUGUACUUACGGAUGCCAAAUCUGUUACUAAACACCAGUAUUCUAGCGAUUUAUGGCCUUUGAAAAUCAAGCGAAAUUGUAUUGUUGACAUUGUCAUUUUACAAUCCAUGGUGCGACCUUGUAUUGUAUUUGUAUUGCCUAUAAAUGGCGCAACAAGGAUAAAAAUACCACCGUUCGAUUCAGCGCAAGAAAUUGUAUUUACGAAUGAGAAAUUGUACUUACGGAUGUCAACUGUAUUACUAAACAACUGACAACAGUAUUCUAGCGAUUUAUGGCCUUUGUAUUUGCAAGCCAAGCGAAGUGUAUUAUUUGUUGAGAAAUCGCUCAAAUUAUAAAAAAUGCAAUACGUUUGAUCCUUGAUAACUUUGGCAUCAUUGGUUUUCUCUUUUUCGGCCGUAUACCAGUGGAUUCGUCUCACUUCUCUCUUCAUUUUGAUAAUAUUUUGAGCCCGAAAGCCCCCAAAUAUUUUAUUUUGAACGUUUUAAACUGGCGGCCGACAGAAGAAAUAUUUAGCUUACAUACUGCAUACUAUAAAAUAUAACUUUACUUGUGGGCAUAAACGCCGGAAGUUUUAUUGGAUUGGGAUCAGGGCGCUAUAAAACACAGUGUUUUAUAGCGCCCUGAUUGGGAUAAAACGCGGAUUUCGGAGCGGAUUCCGCAAAUGAGGAUAAAACGCGGAUUCCGUUUACUUAUAAAAUAACCAAAUAAAUAAAGCAACAGAAUUUACUGUUCCGCAAGUUUUAGUAUGCAUUUGUUAACUUAUUUGUAAAAUAUUUAAAAAUAAAAGGAUUCAAAAUUUUGCGUGCGUGUACGUGCGUACGAAAAACGCAACAGUGGAAAUCAGCAUUUAGAUCUUAACAGUAAUGUGCGUCCGUUGUAUAGCCCCAGCGAGUUAACGCUCCAUAGAGCGUCUUGUUAAAAUUGAAACGGCCUAGUAUUUUGAAAAUGAUGUGGUACUGCCAGACGUAUAUCAAAAAUCGAGCUUCAAUUCAACAGUAUUGAUAAUAGUGUUCGCCGUAAAAACUAACCCACUGUGUUUCCUCCAGAAUAAUAGAAUAUCAGCCUUGCACAAAAUUUUUUGAGGUUCUUUACUUUACAAUAGAAUAAGAAAUGAAUAGAAGGGCAACUCGCGUCGGAACCUUUGAAGUUUUUGAGGCCGCGCAUGUCGCCUCGCGCAUACCGGAAAUUGCCCGCUCUAAUUACUCGCAGCCAGUAAAGCCAGUCAAUUUAUUAGAGAUUUGUAUUGCAGAAUGGCCAUUUGGCUGAAUAAAUAGACUAUUUUUCGCAAACGAACGAUUCAAAUUACAAACCACGGCUGCUGGUUGUAAUUUGAAGGUUGGUGAAUACAUUUCUGUUGGUUAUGAGCUGUUAAAGAAUUGCUAAAUGCGAAAUUUAAACGUAUUAAUACAUGUUGUUUACUUACAAAGUAUAAAGUACAGUAUAUUAACAUAUGAUAGUUUGGUUUAUUUAUUGGAAAAAUUCGAUGUCUUCGAAGUAAUAUUGUAGUAAUAGGAAUGAAUGUUAAUUCAUAAUCAUGAUAUUUUAAUUACAUAAAUAAAUAUCAUUUUCUGAUAUUGUUUGUAUUUGUAGUUCAACAUGUCAGACACAGACAGACAACUUCCCGCACGAAAUAAAUUUGAUUAAUUGCUCGUGACUUUGAAAUUUAUACUUUUUUAAAUAAAAUUUGAUGCAAUCCAAAACCGGUACUGAUAAGAUUUGACAUAAACCUCGAAAAUCGAAAUAAAUAACACAGUAUACGCGAUCGACUGUCAGCAUUUCAUUCAGAUUCGGACUGUAGCUCACACAACAAUAUCAAAUUUCUCCCUAAAUAUUCGUUUCUUUCUAUGCUAACCACAAUAAUAAUUUAAGCUUACAUUGCCUCUGCAGGCAGUUGUAGUAGUUUGAUAUUCCAAUCCUUUGUUUCCGAAAAAUAGUCGAUUUUGUGAUCAAAAUGUACAUUUCGUAAUACAAAUCCCUAUUGCACUGACUGGCUUUUACUGGCUGCGAGCUUGAGAAUCCCGCGCGUGCGCACUGAAAAUUGGUUACGCGUUGUACACGUGAGUUGCCCUUCUAUUCAUUUCUUAUUCUAUGACUUUACUGCUUACUUGUUUGUUCGAGGAUCUGACACGACGCGCAAAGGAGUUUAGGAAUCCCGCCAAAACUUGGCUUUAUUAAAUUAAUAAAUUAUUGCAGUAAGUACAGUAAUAAUUCCGGGUUUUAAAGAUUCCGGCUUUUCUCAUUCCGGGUUUUAAAGAUUCUUAAAGAAAACUUGCUCGUCUUUAACCGGCUUAAUUGUCGCUUUGACAGAGCUAUUUUUAAAACCAUAUAACGAUCUAAAAUUUUAAAACCAAGAUAACGAUCUAAAAUCUAAAGAACUAGCGGUAAAAUCGACUGCAAAAGUUUGUGCAAACAAGAAUGAGCGCCUCAAUGGUUUCAAGGUAUGUUGUUGUAAUUGUACUUGUGGUAGCAACGUUACCAAAGCAGAAUUGGAGGGAAUAAAACUUGAUAUGGCAGUUUUAGAGUCUCGACUUGUCAGCGCCUCUCCCUUAGAGGAGAUCAAGUUAGAAAUUAAAACUUUAAAAGCAAAACAAAAUGAUUUGGAGGUUGUUAUUCGACGCCAAGAUAAGUUAAUUUGCAAAAUUAAUGAUGAAAAUAUGGUUCUCAAAUCUAAAUUAUUUUCUAUGGAAUUUUUGAUGCGUGAAGAGGUAAUCCACAAUACGCAUAGUGGCGGAAACAAUAGCCCCCAAGGGUCAUUACAUGCGGUUAACCCGAGUGACAAUACACAUAGCGACGGAAACAAUAGCCCCCAAGGGCCAUUACACGCUGUUAACCCGAGUGACAAGUCUCACGACUGCGAACAAUUGAUUAAUGUUAAAUUGCCUAACCUUAACACUGUCGAUUUAACAAUCACUGAUAAACCCCUGUUGCGGCAUAACAAUGGUAGAGAUAGUAUGGCAGACAAUAGCUUUCUUGACAGGCCAAACGGUAAUUCAAGUUUACCUAGAAAAGUUUUGCAACAUGAGAAUGGUGUCCCGUCGGCUAAUCGUUUAUCUCAACUGCAGCCCAAGAAUUUGGUUCCGUGCCCCUUCCUAAGAAAGAGGGGAUAUUGUUUGAAGGGUUCUAGGUGCGACUUCUUGCACAAUGAGGUUCAACCCCCAAGGAGCCGCUCUCAAUUCCAACAAAUCCCUAUUGGUGCCUACUCGCCCCCAUAUGUUGCGCCCCCCUAUGUUCAUAACCAAACUCCCCUUUCCUAUCAACCACAUUUUUUACCCCGAUGAAGUUUCCAAUGUUUUACCCUCCUCUUCGGCCGCUCCCGUAUCCACCUCCACUGAUGUCGAUACAAACAACCAGACCUCCAGUGUAUUAAACAAUAAAAUUCACCGUAAUAAUACGCUAAAUAAUGUUGACCUAGGUUCAAACCACUCAAAUAUUCAUGUGACAAACGAGUCCCUAGCAAACCUACAUUCUGCUGAAUAUGUCUCAGCUGAACAAUCGUCUAUUCCGAAUAUUAGCGAACCUGUUCCAAGUCUUAUGCUAUCAAAUACAAUGUCUUUGGCACCCAAGAUCGAUGAAGUCCGUCACUCAGUGUUACAAACCGACGCCGAUCUCGCGUGCUUUACUGAGACGUGGCUGACUGACCUUGUACAUGAUAACAUCAUCCAGAUUCCGGGAUAUAAUGUUGUAAGAAGAGAUCGCCUAAUUGGCCAACAUGGAGGAGUGUGCCUUUAUGUAAAGGAGUCAAUCCCAUUCGAAAUUCUCAGUCAAUACCAUAAUGAUCAAUUCCAGGUCUUGUGGGUUAAAGCUCGUCCUCACAAAUUGCCGAGGGGCCUAUCUUGCAUUAUCAUUGGUUCAAUUUACCAUCCACCCUCAGCAAAUGAUAGAAAUAUGAUUGACUUCCUAACUGAACAAUUGUCCCUUAUCGAAUCAACUUAUUACAAUUGUGGUCUUAUUCUACUUGGAGACUUUAAUAAUCUUAAUUGUCAUCGUCUAAAUAACCACUUCAGUCUAAAACAAUUGGUUAAAUUCCCGACUCGUGGAAGGAGAACCCUUGAUUUAAUUCUAACUAACUUGGCUAAAUUUUACCUACCGCCAGUUAAACUUCCACCUUUUGGUCUCUCCGACCAUUUUACUAUCCUUUCGACCCCUUAAUCACAAGGUUGCAGGAAAAACAAAAUAUGAUAUUUCCCAAGUUCGCAAUCAACACCCGAGAAACAAAGCAGCUAUCAGCACCUUCAUUACUGAAUUUGACUGGUCAAUCCUUGAUUCCCUUUCGUCAUGUGAUGAAAAAUGGUCUGCUUUUGAAUCAAUUAUUCGGUUUGGGAUGGACAUUCUCCUUCCCACAAAAACUAUAAAGAAACGGCUCGAUGACCCACCGUGGAUGACCAAACAUUUGAAAUCUUUAAUUGAGCAACGUCAAAAAGCAUUAGCGAAAGGACAUGACCAGUUAUUUAAAAGUCUUCGUAACCGCGUCAAUAGGGAACGAAAACAAUGCCGGAGUAAAUACUAUGACUCAAAAGUCAGUCAACUUAAAGCCUCUGAUCCCAAACAGUGGUGGAAAUCUGUUAAGUACCUGUGUGGAAUGGAUCCAGUCAACCACAAGUAUGAUCUCCGACAUCUUCAAAGCCUGUCACCCACUGGUGAUGAAACUAAUGAAACCAACGAAGGCAACGCAUCUUUUUCACACUUGGCGAAUACCAUAAAUCAAACCUUCCUAGAACCAAUGAACAUGUUCCAACCUCUAAAUUCUGACCACUCCCAAGCCUUAAACGUGUCCGGCACCAGUAACCAAUUACCAUCUACAAUUACCACCACAGAAUCGUAUAUUUUCGAGAAAUUAUCCAGUAUAGUACCUACGAAGGCUCAUUGCCCAGACACUAUUCCUGGUUGGCUUCUCAAAGAGAAUGCCGAUGUACUAACAAGUCCCGUUUGCAAGAUUCUCAAUUCUUCUUAUCUCGAAAAUCGUUUACCCGCUGCUUGGAAGUUCGCAGAUGUAAUUCCCAUUCCAAAACAGAAGCCUGUACGAACUGUAAACAAGGAUUUAAGGCCCGUUUCGUUAACACCAAUAGUCUCAAAACUAGCCGAGGAAGUGGUAGUUGAACAGUUCAUUAAACCGGUGAUUUUCAAAGUGGUGGAUCCUAACCAAUAUGGAACAGUGCCGAAAUCAUCUACCACGCAAGCUCUUAUUAGCAUAGUCCACAAUGUUGCUAAAGCCACUGAUGGCAACGGGGCCUUAGUUAGACUAUGUUCUAUUGGACUUUAGGAAAGCAUUUGAUCUCAUCGAUGAUCAGUUACUUAUGGUAAAGCUCCACUCUCUGGACGUUCCGCCGAGUGUUAUAAAUUAGGUAAGAGAUUUUUUGACAAAUCGUCAACAAAGAGUAAAGUUGGCCAAUGACUGCUAUUCAGAAUGGUCCCUAGUCCCGGCAGGUGUACCCCAGGGAACCAAACUCGGUCCUUGGUUAUACAUUCUUAUGAUCAAUGACCUCAACACAGUCAGUAACAACCUCUGGAAAUACGUAGACGAUAGGACUUUAGCCGAAGUAAUACCCAGAGGAGGGAAAGUAGUAUUCAAUCUGAGGUCGAUGAUAUCCAAAACCAAUCCAACACCCUGAAAUUUACUCUCAACGAGAACAAAUGUAAAGAGAUGCGACAAUUGAAACGUGCCAAAGUAUCUACUACUGAGACGAUGUGUUUCCACUGCACUUGUAUCCGACCAGUUGUCGAAUACGCAUCUCCUGUCUUUCAUUAUAGAAUUCCCAUAUAUCUGUGUAAGGACAUUGAACGAAUCCAGCGACGAGCCAUAAAAAUCAUAUUUCCCACCAAAUCAUAUGCCGAAGCGCUCUCCCAUUCUAAGCUUCUAACUCUUGAAGAGAGACGUCAAGUUGCGUGCGACAAACUCUUCAAAGAAAGAAUGGAAGAUAAAAAUCACAAAUUGCACCCACUCCUACCAGAUCCGAAUACUGACGUAGCGUAUUCCCUGAGAACUUCGAGAACUUUUAAAAUUCCCAAAUGUAAGACUGAACGAUUUAAAAGUCUUUUAUAAUUGCUGCUAGUUCUAAUAAUUAAAGCAGCAGUCACUGAGGAUUUCAUAUAUUUCGAAAAUAACUGUUAGUUUUAACUGUAAUUAUAUAUUCUUAAAUACAUUAAUAGAUAGUAUAAUUAAUUGAAAUAGAAAGUCCCAUUAACUUAAAGUUACAAUUAUUUUAUUAUGUUUAGUAUUUUUAAGCAGUAAUAGAUAGUAUAAUUAACUUAAACCUUUCUUUUGUAAAAUGUAACCGUUGUAAUUCAGCUUCUUGGCUGCAAGAUCGGUUUUUGAAUAAAUUGUAAUUGUAAUUGUAAAACGAGGCUAGCGACUCGCAACUCGCAGCUCGCAAUUCGCAACUCCCAGCUCGCAAAAUAGCCGACCCCAUUCUCGAUGGUAAACAAGAUUCGAUAAUGUAUUAAUGAUUUAAGACAUAUAACUGGAUUUAUGUAUUUGAAUUAUGGCUGACCUAAGCGAUUUUAGUGUACAGAAGAUUAAAUAUGAACUUAAACUUCGAGGAUUAUCUACGAAAGGAAAAAGAGACAAUUUGGAACGAAAACUUGCCGCAGUUUUAGCAAAGGAAGCAGCUGAUGAUGAGAAAACUUCAGAUGUCGAAGAAAUAAUAGCGACCGGAAGUGAAAAGGCGGUAUGCACUAAUAACCAUGUUUUAGACCUAAUUAGGAGAAAGGAAAAAUUACUUAAACUUGACAUUGAAACUGUUAGUGAAUCAAUAAAUCAGCUAAAUAAGAGCCCAGACUGUUAAAAUGGAAAAUCGAUUCUCAAAAUUAAAUCAUUACAGAGAACAGUAUGUUGACAUUCGAGCUGAACUUAUUGCUUCUCUUUCUGAACAUGAAGUUGAGGAUGAGGCUAGAGCAUGGAUAAAUUAUUUAAAUUGCGUGGAUGAGGUUAUAGACCUUGCACGGGCUUACUUAUCAAAAAACAAUGAAAGUAAUAAUUCAGUAUAACCAUCAAGGUUAAUCAUAUUAUCUGUUAUAUUUGCAUCAAAUCGUGUCUCAUUAAAUGCAAUCAGAUCAAUGAACUUUUUUGACAUUGAAAAAUUAAUUUCAUCUAUUUUUUUUUAUGUAAACUAACAAUAUUCAGAAAAGCCAUUUUAAAACCUCUUUCAUUCGGGAUUGAGCUAAGGGUUCUCAUAAAAUUGCUGCUCACAUUGCCCCUUGUUAUAUCUAAUCUGCUUUCUGUUUCAUCACUUGCUUUACAUGGGCCAGAUACAUUGUCCAGUCUUUCUGGUGCCCAUGACUUUGGCGAAAAAAAUGGCUGUCAUUACGACUUGAGGCCAUGUUGGUGUUUCUAAUUCUAUCAGACUUCAAGUAGGUGCAGAAAGCACCUCCUAAGGCUUUAUCACCUUCAGGAUUUAAAUGUAGUUUUGAUCUGUUUAAUAAAGGUUUGUUUAUGCAACUAUUAUCAAUAAAAGUAAUCUUAUGUUUAGAACAUAAACCAUGAACUAAAUUAUUAUAUUGCUCAAUUUUUCUAUUGUUUAGCUUACCAUCACAUACCGCUUGAUUGUACCCGAAACUGCAAUUUUCUCGGUGUGGACCUUGACUUUGUUGAUGAGGUUGUCCAGGUUGGCUGCUACCUUUUUAGGUUCAUCACGUACUAGGUCAUUUGUGCCAACAUGGAUGAUGACGGUGCUGAACUCUUGCUCUGAUUGGUGGUUUUCAAAUUUCUCGGUAAGCUGGUCCACUGUGGCUCCACUGUAUGAAUGUGUGAUAGCUUUACUUCGAGCAGCUCUUCCAAUUUUGCAUGCAUCAAUAUUCUUGACCAUGGAAUCUCCUAUCACCAAGACUGUUUUCUCAUGGUUGGACUUCUUGACUUUAUUUGGUGCACUGCCAGCUGUAGCCUUUGAUUUUAAACUUUUGCUUUUAGAAGAAUCAGAACUGAUUAAGGGAUCUUUUGUCUGACCACUCUUUCUUUUUGCGAAUUUGCUGGUAGUUAAUUCUUCCACGUCAGGCAAGUCUUCUACUUCAAGCACAGCAUAGGGGUUACUUAUUAAUGUUCUUGUGUCUGUGCCGGUAGAUGUCGUUUUGGUUUCUUUCUUUGACUUCGUUUCUUUGACUUCUGUCCACUCACUUUGUUUCAUGUCGAGAACAUACUUUAUGCUCUUAUUUUCGCAACUAACUUCAGUGACAGUCGAUUUUAAUGAGUCAAUUUCGGCCGCCAUUUUAAUGUUUUGUUCCAACAAGGCCGAUAUUGUAUUUUUACAUUUUGCUAACACCGAUAUGUUUUGCUGGGAAUCUUCUUGCUGUUUAGUGUUUAUUUCAGCUAGCAAUGUCAAUAUGUUCGCAAUCUGGUGUUCAUAAUCCGAACAAUUUUCACAUGCAGGCGAUGCAGCUGAAGCAGGGAGAUUUGUAUCGCUUAGUUGCGAGUUUUGUUGUUGUGACUCAAUGGCGUCGGCCACGUGCUUUGUCGUUUCUUGUUGAUUUUCAACGCCUUUCGUUUGAGCACAUGUCUCUAGUGUGCUUUGUAGAGACUUUUCUUCGUUAUCUUUCAUGAUAACCAAUUUUUCUUUCUUCUUGCCAAACCAUUUCAAGGUAAAUUUGGCGCAUUUGAACAUUUUUUCCUCCUAUCCUCCUCGCGAGGCGACGACCAUUUUCCAUCUUUACAUUUGAGAUGCUUGGUUAUGCCGUCUACGAAGACUUUUAGAGUAGGUAGAUCGCCUUUCCACGCAAAAUUACCUUCAUUGUUAAAUAAAAAAAACUGAUGUUGCUAUAUUCUUUUCGAUUUUGUCGUUUUUACAAUCAGAAUUUGUGAUAGACACGGAGCCCGAGCUUUGAGUACCUUCCGCCAUCUUGGAAGCGUACCAAAGUCAACGUGAAAAUUGCGAAAAAUGUUUCGUGUUCCUCACGCAUUAUAAUUUACACACAUGUGCAAAUAGUGGUCAUGUCGAAUCGAUAUUUUGUCACGUCAACAGCUUCAACUGGAUUUAGGACUAUUUUUCUCGCGUUUCCUUCGGUGAAAAUUUUUUAAACUUUGCACGUUUGCUAAGCAUCACGAUUCGCCAAACAUAUCAAAAUUUCAAGAAAUUCUAUAAGACAGAUUUUCUGUAGUCGUUAUUCAUGAAUAUCCCAAAACCUGCCUUAUAACUAUCCCUUCAAAUUUUAAUAUGUCAUUCGUCUUUCAACCAUAAAUCUUUAAAAAAGAAUUCAGAAAAAUUGACCGAAGGAAAAAAAGAUAUUGCCGUUUGAUUGUAAAAUUAGACAAUAAAAUUGCAAAAGAUGAAACGCCAUGGUUGCCAUGGCAACACUGACACUGUUCCUAUUUGUUUAUAUAUCGACAGCAGAAGACUUCUGAACUUUCCUGGAAAUGAUUAUAUUGCCCUGUCUUAAGUGUGUUCAAUAUAAAUUUGGUUGAAAACGAAGAUUACCUAAAAUACUUAAAAAGUUAGAAAACUGUAGGGAGCCACCUUAAGUCAAUUAUAAAAUUUGAACCUAGGCAUCGUCACUCCGUUAAAUUUUCAACCUAUAAAAACAUUAUAAAAUUUGAACCUAGGCAGCAUCACUCCGCGAUUUACAUGACACUCUAAAGAAUAGAAUCAGAGCACUAGAAGGAUUGAGUGAAUGCCCAAAAAAUCAUGCCUUUAUACUCCUCCCAAUAUUCGAAAUGAAACUCCCUCCUGAGAUAUGUGAGAAAUGGGAAUUGGAGAUAUCUGAUAUGGAUGAUGAGAAAGUUGAUUUAGACUUGUUUUUUAAAUUCCUAAAUAAUUAAUUUAAUUUAAUUUAACUUAAUUUAAUUUUAAUUUAAUUUAUUAACUUUGCUAGAUUCAAACAAUUAACUUUAACACAAAAACUGGCAGGGCAAUCGCAACAGCUUGCGCCAAUUACUGCGAUCCCUAAAUGUUAGACAAAUACACUAUAUAUGUACAUAGAAAAAAUCAAUCACCAACGAACUAUCAGAUUCAACUUUUCACAUUGCGACCCGCAGGACCACUUCUAAUUCGGAAGCUGACUGAAUAAGCAGGUGGUCUCAAAAGAGGCUGGACAAAGAAGUGCAAAGGGGAAUAAUGGUGUUUCUCCAAAAGGGGGAAUGAAACAAGCCAAUACUUCUCAGAGUAAAAAAACUAAAUAAGUCCGCUGAGAGAUUAGAAGAAUCCCUGUUCUCUACAGCAGCUGCCCUUUUAACUGAGGUCAGCCAAGGAAUGAACACUACCAAGACAUGUGAUUUAUGUAAGACCGUUGGACAUGGUAUUCCAGAAUGCCCAAGGUUUAAUGCGCAAACUGUGGAAGAGAGAUGGAGGCAAGUCAAAGAAGCUGGGCUGUGUUUCAAUUGUCUUAGAUCUACCAAUAGCAACCACUAUUCACAAGUGUGCCGACAACCGAAGUGUGGGGUCGAAGACUGCAAAGAAGCCAUCAUCGACUAUUGCAUCGCUCGAAAUCAGCAGUGGGUACAUAUAACAGCUUUGCUGCAUCCAAACGAGAUGAAUCCACACAGGUGUUGCUUCAGACUACGAAGGCAAAUUUGGUUGCGGAUGACCAAACCGUACCCGUCCGAGUGUUGCUGGAUUCUGGGAGCCAAAGAUCCUACAUCACAAAGAAGUUGGCUGAUAGACUUGAUCUUAGCGGUCCUACAGAGACUUUCCAUGUGUCAACAUUUGGCGAAACUAAAACCCAAACAAAGAGGAUGAAAAGGGUCAAUAUAUCACUCGGCCCAGCACGAAGUUUAGUUUCCUGCCCUGUUGAGAUAAAAGCUCUCACUGUCGACACGAUUUGUCAACCCUUGGAGCCAAUCGCCUUGAACAUGGAAGCAAAUCCACAUCUUGCUAAUCUUAUAUUCACUGACGUUUACCCGAGAGGUUCGGCGGAAGUGGACAUUCUGAUAGGUGCAGAUUAUUACUUCUCAUUUGUGAAUGGUGAAUGCAUAAAAGGUUCAAAAUCAGACACACUCACAACUGUAAAUUCCACGCUUGGUUGAAUUGUAUCAGGACCUUUAACUGGUCGAUCCACUAGUAACACCACUGAAAUGUUUACCUGUGUUCGUCCCGAUCCUGUCAAGAACAUUCUUAAGAGCUUUUGGGAGUUAGAUGCAAACGGUAUUGUUGAUGAGGGAACUAAACUAUCGCUCGAAGAGAACGAUGCUGUUUGCCAGUUUAAAAGAGAAUUAAAAUUUGAUGGCCAACGGUACGAAGUAUCUUUACCAUGGAGAGAAAAUUAUCCUGAGCUUUGUGAUAAUUACAACCAGGCUGUGAAGCGACUAGAAAAGCAACUGCUCAGAAAUCCGAUAAGGGCUGAAGCUUACAAGAGCUCAAUCAACCAAUAUCACGAGAAAGGAUUUGCUGAAGAAGUCAAAGAUACCAAAGCACAUGACAAUGAUAUUAAGUUGGUACGAUAUCUGCCACAUCAUGCUGUUUUUCGUGAUGACAAGACAACAACUAAAUGUCGUGUUGUAUUUGAUGCCUCAGCUCGUGAAGAGGACAGUGUUUUGCUUAAUGAUUGUGUUUUACCUGGUCCCGCACUGUAGCCUGAUGGCUGAUAUUGAGAAAAUGUUCCUUCAGAUAUUAAAAGCUUGCAGAAAAGGAUCGAGAUGUUCAUCGCUAUGUCUGGAAAGAUAUGCAAAGAGAUGGUUCCCCAACGAUAUUCCGAAUGACGCGAGUUGCGUACGGAGUCAACGGCAGCCCAUUCCUCGCAAUAGCUGCAGUUCAGAAUCAUGCGGAAAGGUUUGUGUUAGAGUUUCCUGAAGCUGCAAAGAGGGUCAUGGAUGAUAUGUAUGUUGAUGAUUGUCUGACAGGAGCAGACGACGAAGAAGAAGCUGUAAAGAUGCAAAAAUCACUGACAGAGUUAAUGCAUCGUGCUGCGUUUAAUUUGACAAAGUGGUCCAGUAAUACGGAGGACGUCCUCAGUCACGUUGAAGAGAAAGAUAGAGCAUCUAACGCGUUGAUUGAUUUCCGUAAGAUGGAGCCACUUAAAGCAUUGGAAAUCCGCUGGAACACUUUAACGGACUGCUUCGAAUUCCACAUCCCGCAGAAUCAGUUCCUCUUGCACGAAUACGAGACCAAGAGGAACAUGCUGAGUGACGCAUCCAAAAUAUUUGAUCCGAUGGGCUUACUAUCCCCUUACACCAUCAGAUCUAAGAUGGUGUUCCAACAGCUGUAGAACAGAGGUCUACAAUGGGAUGAACAAUUGCCUGAGGACAUUCUACAACAAUGGAAUGCAUGGAAGACUGAGUUGCCUAAGAUAAACGAAAUUAGUAUUCCCCGUUGUUUUAUGCAGAAUGGAAAGUCUGGUACAAGUGUAGAGCUGCAUGGGUUUGGAGAUGCUUCACCAAAGGCGAAC